CGUCACCAUAGUAUGUGAGACAUUAAUCGCGUUUCUUUGGUGAUUUUUCAACAAUCAUGUUUCGCUGAAUAUAUAAACCAGCACUGUCAGUACCAUUCCACACUUACAGGUGAGGACUAGAACACCCAACAUGGUCUACAUGAACGUGAGGUACCUUGUCAUCGUUUUGUCAUUUGCAGUUGUUCGAUGUGCUAAUCCUGUCUGUUCUGGAACUGCAUGUUCAGGAACUCAAGCAUGUAAAUGGACGUGUGAAACAGAUGGCGGGAGUACAGUUGUUGGUGCUAAUCGGACCGCUUGUGCAGCUGUCAACGACCUGUGUGGAACAACUAAAGUAACAUCAGGGAAAUGUAAAGCUGCAUGUGUAGAACCCGCCGGUACGCCUGUUUGUACCGCACCUGCUUGUACAUCAUCUGAAACAUGCAAAUGGACAUGUGACAAGAGCGGAGCUGCUAUACCAGGCGCCGACCUUGAUGCGUGCGUAGCUCUAAAUACUGCAUGUGGAUCAACAACACAGACAGGACAAUGCAAUGCUGCGUGUGUAUCGACCACUGGUUCUACGACGGUAACAACAACAACUAUAGGAAAAACAGGCAAAAAUGGAUCCAUUAGGCACGGAUUAUCUCCCCUGAUGCUGAUUUGCGGAUUCAUCACCAAGUUGAUUCUGCGUCCAUAAUGGGAGCCAUGUCCAAACAAGUUUGCCAUCCUGAAAACUGCAUUGCACGUUGAGCACAAUGACGGAUGACACCUUAUCCAUUUUAAGACUUUAAGAUGUGUUAAAAAAGACAUUCUCAAUUUGAAUUAUUUCACGAUCAAGUUCUGUUGAAUGUAUCUGCUGAUAAGUUAUGAUGAUUGAAAUAAAUAGAUACUAAUUUAAAUUAUCAUAAACUCGUACUCAAAGUAUCGCAUGUAUUGAAACACAUCCUAUAAGCCAGCAAUGUGUUGAGCUGCGAUUUUAUAUGUGAUAUCUGUUCUUUAUAAUCGAUUUUUUCAUUAUACAAUUUAAACCUCCUGUAUUACUGUGAUUGACGACUACAUUUUAUAUUGAACAUAAAACAAUAAAACGUCCUACAAAA